CGGGGCUAGACUUAUGCAGCGUCUAGACGUGGUAGAGUUACAUUCUUCGCGAUGCUCUUGAUUCGUUUGGGAAUAAUUCAAUAAUUCAUAAUUCUUUCCUCGUGUUACUCGCUCAACCUUGGCCCCCGCCGGUGAUUCUCCAGAUGUUUUGAGGUGAUCCACCUAGGCACGUCGGUAUUGACGUACUCUGCAGCGUGGUUUAUGAGAUCGGUGUUGAUGGGCAUGUAUAAAUAGACUGGUAGAUCCCCUGGUCAUGGUUUUCGCAUAAUCUUCAAGAUCUCUCGCUUGUAACGGCUUCUGGUAUCUGCUUUAAUUGUACGAUGAUCCGGUCUUCCAUUGCGGCAGCUUUGCUGCUGUCUUUAGAAGGCGCAAAGGCCCUGACACUGCCUGACAAUGUGGGACGACUGCCAGCUCUAGGCUGGAACUCGUGGAAUGCGUUCGGUUGCGAUGUCAGUGAGACCAAACUAAUGACGGCUGCCAACGAGAUCGUUUCGACAGGGCUGAAGGACCUAGGCUAUGAAUAUGUUAACAUCGACGACUGCUGGUCUGUCAAGGGUGGGCGUGAUAAUGUCACUGACCGCAUCAUACCGGACUCGGAAAAGUUUCCAAGUGGAAUCAAUGGUACAGCGCAAAAGAUCCAUAAUCUUGGGCUGAAGAUCGGCAUCUAUAGCAGUGCCGGGACAGAGACAUGUGCUGGAUACCCGGCCAGUAUUGGCCACGAAUCGUUGGAUGCCCAGACAUUCGCUGACUGGGGCAUUGACUAUCUGAAGUACGACAAUUGCUAUGUCCCAUCCAACUGGACAGAUGAAUACACCGCCUGCACCGCAGACAGCGACUUCCCUGGGGUAAACCCUAACGGCACAUGCCCCGGCCUGCAGAACCCAGCUCCAGCGGGCUACGACUGGAGCAAGUCCAACACUGCUAAGCGGUACAACAUCAUGCGGGACGCCCUAGCUGCCGUAGAAGACCAGCAAGUGAUUCUGUUCUCUAUGUGUGAAUGGGGACAGGCCGAUGUCGUCUCGUGGGGCAAUGGAACCGGCAACUCAUGGCGCAUGUCCGGCGAUAUCAACGCAACAUGGCCGCGUAUCACCGCCAUUGCAAACCUCAACGCCCACGAGCUGUCUAGCGUUGAUUUCUGGGGCCACAAUGAUCCCGACAUGCUCGAAGUCGGCAAUGGCAACCUGACAAUUGAAGAGAAUCGCGCACACUUUGCUCUUUGGGCGAUCAUGAAAUCGCCACUUAUCAUCGGAACGGCUUUGGACUCCCUCCCCGAGACACAUCUCGAAAUUCUGAAAAACGCAGAUCUGGUUGCCUUCAACCAAGACCCGGUGCAUGGCAAGCCAGCAUACCCAUACAAAGCCGGGUACAGCAACGGAACGUGGGAUCCGGUGCACCCUCCAGAGUACUGGUCGGGGUCUACAUCGUAUGGCUGGAAUCUGGUGCUUCUUUUCAAUUCAGAGGAUGUGAAUGCCACCAGGACGGCGUCGUGGAGCGAGGUGCCACAGCUGAAGCAGCAACAGCGACAUGCGCAUAAAACGCAGCGGGGAUACCAGGUCGAGGAUAUCUGGACGGGUAAGGAUUUGGGCUGCGUGAAAGAUCAGUAUAGCGUUGAUUUGCAGCCACAUGAUGUUGCGGUGCUGAAGAUUAAAGGGAAGUGUUAGCUGGGUCCAUAGGUUGCACUUGGCAUCAAGUAAUGAUGAUUGGUUCAUGUAGACGUGUGAUAAUAUGGUCGACAAUGCCAACUUGCAUCCUGGACGAUAUGGAAGGCAUAUCUAUCAUGGUCCUUUGAGUAUCCGGGCCACAAAAAUUUGCAUAUAGUGUUGAGGGUUUCUGUCUUUCAUCUACAAUUUACACCAAUCUACAUCAGCUUAAAUUUAGACUUCUUGGGGGGCCCGCCUG